GACGCAUUAGAGGAGACACAUUGAUUGAAGCCACUAUGGGACCUCUAAUGCACCACCUGUGUACUGUGUCUGACAUUUUCAAAGAUAUCACUAUUUUAAAAUUCAAUGAUGAAUCUUUUAAGGAAGUGAAGAAAUGGUUGGAUACACAUACAGAAUGUUUUGACUGGUCUCAUACAUCAAAGUACAUCACUGAGUUAUAUGGAGGAAG